AUGGAGCAGCAGCUCAAAAGACCAACGUGGAGCAGACAGAUAGAGUUCACCCUGGCCGGCAUCGGCUGUGCCGUGGGUCUGGGCAAUGUUUGGAGGUUCCCUUAUCUCUGCUACAGGAGUGGAGGAGGUGCCUUUCUGGUGCCGUACCUGCUCAUGCUGGUGGUGUUGGGGGUCCCUCUGCUCUACAUGGAGCUGAUUGUGGGUCAGUACACCAGGAAAGGGCCUGUCCACGCCCUGGCUACCGUCUGCCCACUCUUAAAAGGAGUGGGCAUUGCAUCGGUGGCCAUCUCCUUCAUCAUGUGCAUCUACUACAAUGUGGUCAUCACCUGGGCCCUCUACUAUCUCUUCAGCUCCUUCCAGGCGCCGCUGCCCUGGCAGAACUGCAACAACACCUGGAACACAGUCAACUGUACCAACCACGCCACCAACAGCAGCUACUCCUCCACAGCCAGCCAGGAGUUCUUCAAGUAG